AUGGCGGCCAAUGCGACGGCUACUGUUUGCCCCGCGCCGAUGCAGGCGACGUCAAACGGGUCGUUCCAGGGCGACAACCCUCUGGAUUUCGCGCUCCCUCUGGUCAUCCUUCAAAUAUGCCUCGUCGUGGUCUUCACGAGACUGCUUGCAUUGAUUCUCAGGCCUCUCAGACAACCAAGGGUCAUCGCGGAGAUCAUUGGUGGAAUCUUGCUUGGGCCUUCGGCAUUAGGAAGAAGCGAGAAAUUCCUGCACACAGUUUUCCCGGCACAAAGCAUGACCGUCCUCGACACGCUUGCGAACAUAGGCCUCCUCUACUUCUUAUUCUUGGUCGGCCUUGAGCUCGACAUUCGUUCCAUCAGGAAAACCGGCAAGAAAGCCUUAGGAAUCGCCAUAGCCGGUAUCGGCCUCCCUUUCAUCCUUGGAAUCGGCACGUCGGUGGUCCUUCGGUCCACAAUCUCCAAAGGAGUGAGCCAAGGCCCGUUCCUCGUCUUCAUGGGCGUGGCCCUAUCCAUCACGGCCUUUCCUGUUCUGGCCCGCAUACUUGCUGAGCUCAAGCUCCUAACCACUGACUUGGGCCGCAUAGCCAUGUCGGCGGCCGCCGUCAACGACGUUGCGGCGUGGAUCCUGCUCGCACUUGCCAUAGCCCUCUCAGGCAGCAACACUUCCCCGCUGGUCUCCCUGUGGGUCCUGCUCUGUGGGGUUGCAUUCGUGUUAUUUGCAAUCUUCGCCCUCAAUCCAGCACUCACCUGGAUGGCACGCAGGUCACCCGAGGGUGAGCCCGUGAAGGAACUCUACAUAUGCAUCACGCUGUCGCUUGUGCUGGCUGCGGGCUUCGUGACGGACACCAUCGGCAUACAAGCGCUCUUCGGGGGUUUUGUGGUGGGCAUUGUGGUGCCGAAGGAUGGGCCAUUCGCCGGGGUCCUGAUCGAGAAGAUAGAGGACCUUGUGUCGGGGCUCCUCCUGCCACUCUACUUUGUGUCGAGCGGAUUGAAGACAAAUGUCGCGACAAUACAAGGAGCGCAGUCCUGGGGGCUGUUGGUGCUUGUCAUUUUCGCAGCUUGCUUUGGGAAAAUUGUGGGGACAAUGUCCGUGUCAAUGUUGUGCAAGGUGCCAUUUAAGGAAGCUGUCACUCUGGGGUUCCUGAUGAACACCAAGGGUUUGGUGGAGCUCAUUGUGCUCAACAUUGGGAAGGACAGGAAGGUGCUGAAUGACCAGACAUUUGCAGUCUUAGUUCUAAUGGCCUUAUUCACCACCUUCAUCACAACCCCUAUAGUGAUGGCUGUGUAUAAACCGGCCAGGAGAGGAGUGCUGUAUAAGCACCGGACGAUCCGGCGGAAGGACCUUGACACCGAGCUCCGGCUGCUGGUCUGCUUCCAUAGCACUUGCAACAUCCCUACCAUGAUCAACCUCAUCGAGUCGUCCCGCGGGAUUCGGAAGAGGAGCCGCCUCAGCGUCUAUGUCAUGCACCUCAUGGAGCUCUCAGAGCGACCCUCGGCCAUUUCCAUGGUGCACAAGGCACGGAGGAAUGGCCUCCCGUUUUGGAACAAGGCCCGCGACGACCAGGACCAGAUGGUGAUCGCGUUCAAGGCCUACCAGCAGCUCAGUUCCGUCACCCUGCGCUCCAUGACCGCUAUAUCCCCUCUUGGCACUAUCCACGAGGACAUCUGCACGAGCGCGCAUCAGAAGCGGUCUGCGAUGAUAUUGCUCCCAUUCCACAAGCACCAGAGGUUGGAUGGUGUGAUGGAGUCAUUGGGCUACUCCUUCCAAGCCGUGAACCAGAGGGUCCUACGCUAUGCUCCGUGCUCAGUUGGGAUUCUUGUGGACCGUGGCCUAGGAGGCACAACCCAAGUCUCUGCCAGCGAUGUCUCGUACACGAUCGUUGUGCCCUUUUUCGGAGGCCGUGAUGAUCGUGAGGCGCUCACCUUCGGGGUUCGCAUGGCAGAGCAUUCUGGGAUUGUGCUGAGUGUCAUGAAGUUUGUUUUCCCUCCAGGAACUGCAGUUGCAGCACAAGAAAGUAAUGAAGAUGAUGACAACCCCAGCGAUGAUGAUCUGUCAGAGUUGACUGCCAGCAAAAAUGAGUCUAUUGCCUAUGAGGAGAAGGCUGUGGCAACUACGGAAGACAUUGUUGCUGCAUUAAAAUCAAUGAGCAAGUGCAAUCUAUUUAUAGUGGGAAGGAUGCCUUCCAAUGUGCAGGUAUUGGUGGACCGGGCGAGUGAUUGUCCGGAAUUGGGCCACGUCGGGAGCUACUUGGCCUCGUCGGGCUUCUCGACCACCUCAUCAGUUCUGGUGGUUCAACAGUAUAACCCGUUGGGGAGUCUUCACCCGCUGGUGGAGGAACAGGUGAACGCAGAUGUCUAUGACGUGCCAGAAACACCGAUGGGAGAUUACCCCCGUGGCAGUAAUAUGGUCUAAAGUUCUGUCUCACAUGUACUUGUGCAUCAUCUUCUUGAAACUCAACAAAGUCCCUUUCAAAUCACACUUAUAUAGAGUGAAACUAUUAGGCCAUCCUAGUCAAAUAACAGAUCUCCUCCAUUCCCUGUUUCGAGGAGAUUGCAAUGGCGUGUACUUCAUGUUACUAUGCCUUGCAAAUUGUGGAGCUAGUGAACCCUGGACAUGCUCAUGGGUAUGAAACUGGAGCAGGUCGAGGCUUGACAAAAUCUUUCAGAGACAGAAGACACAGGAGAGCGGUGGGAGAUGUAAAAUGUGUCACCUGUAAUGUAAGUGUGCGACUUCAUGGGGCAGAACAUUGUGGGCACAAAUGCUCACAAACACCAAGAUCAAUCUUAUGCAAAUAUGUUUUAUUUAGAUUUAUUAUCUCAAUAUUGUAAACACUGUAAUAAAGAACAUUAUCAAUCAGAAGGGAUUAUUUUCUCUAGUGACUUCAGUUCCUUAGAACUGACAAGGCCAACUAUGGCAAAAGAGGGAAGGGAGAUGACAAUAUAACGUAGAUUUCAUAUAUCAACUCAAACCACCUCUCACAAGGAUUUAAAUGAAUCAUCUACAGAAAUGAAAAUGACAGCUCACCAACGUGACCAGUCGAACCUAGUCCAUGUUCAGCCUAUUGGAGCACAAGUCUCGUAUGUA